ACCUCUGCAGACUCAGGGAACUAACCAUACCUCUCCACACCGCCUGCACGGCAUCACCGCUGCACCACAGAGCCGACGACCGCCCUGCCUCGCCCCGUGUCAACACACUGGACCACUCCCUCACCAAGCCAUCGAUCCGCUCCCUCACCCAGCCAUCCAUCGACAAUCCCAAGGGUACCCCAGGGUUGAGCUCAGUGUUGGUGUGUCUGCGCAGCUGGUGCAGCCAUGUUCUCUGCUCUGAUUGGGCUCCUGCUGCUGCUGCAGCUGCUCAGUGCACAUACUCAGGACCUGUAUAUGGACAGGACAUCAGGGAGGGGCCAGAGAAAGCUGCUCUCCACCAACAGCAUACACACAAAGAACGGACAAGGCCGCCCUGACAUCCCCAACUGCAGCUUGGACCUGGCAUUAAUGGUGGACAGCUCGGAGAGUGCCAAGGACAACCACGCCCAGGAGAAGCGCUUUGCGGUGGACAUGGUGGAGAGGUGGCAGGCCAUGCAGCUGGGUAGCCGCCCCCGGCUGAUCUGGAGGGCGGCGCUGCUGCAGUACAGCAGCAACGUCAGCAUCGAGCAGACCUUCAAGAACUGGACGCACAUCGACAACUUCAAGUCCAAAAUCAUGUCCAUGGACUUCAUCGGCCAAGGGACGUACACCACCUACGCCAUCACCAACCUCACCCAGAUCUACCUGAACGAGUCCAAAGCGGACAUCAAAGUGGCGGUGCUGAUGACUGACAGCCUGUCCCACCCCAGGAACCCCGACAUCUCCGGCGCCAUCGCCGACGCCAAAAACCAGGGCGUGCGCUUCUUCACCGUGGGAAUCACGCCCACCGCCGACGAGCCCGCCAACAGGGCCCAGAUGCGUCUGCUAGCGAGCUCCCCCGCCAAGCGCUACGUCCACAACCUGCAGGACAAGGGCAUCGUGGACACCGUCAUCAAAGAGAUUGCAGAGAUUGUGGAUGAAGAGUGUCCGCUGAGAUGUGUGUGUGAGAAGGGGGAGCGCGGACACAUGGGUCCAGCGGGAAAAAAGGGUCGCCCUGGUGAUGAUGGAAUUCCAGGAGUCAAAGGCCACAAGGGUGACUCUGGGCUGAGUGGACUUCCUGGUCGGGAUGGGUCAGAGGGUAGACCCGGCUACAAAGGUGAACAGGGUGAGAGAGGAGAAUGCGGCACUCCAGGAACUAAAGGAGACAGGGGCCCGGAGGGUCCAGUUGGCAUCGCCGGAUCCAGAGGUCCACAGGGACUGCCUGGACCCCAGGGGGAUAUUGGCCCCGAGGGCCCCUAUGGAAAGAAGGGGGAGCGUGGGCCUCCUGGUCCUGCAGGAAUGACAGGAGAAACGGGCGUCGGCCUCCCGGGACCCAAGGGUGAUAUGGGUUUCCAGGGCCGACCAGGCCCCCAUGGUCCCCCGGGGAUAGGAGAGCCAGGUCAGGCUGGACCUCAAGGGCCACAGGGGGUUCCAGGAGAGAAGGGGCCCCAAGGAGAAGGAUUUCCUGGACCAAAAGGAGAUCGUGGGCUCGACGGCCCGAGGGGGAGCAGAGGUAGCCCUGGAGUGGGCAUUAAAGGUGAUAAGGGGGAACUCGGGCCCGUCGGGUUCCCAGGACCACUUGGCCUGCCCGGAGCGGGCAUCACAGGGGAGAAGGGCGUAGAGGGGCCUCGGGGGCCACCAGGGAGUCGGGGGCCACCAGGAGAGGGCUUCCCAGGACCAAAGGGAGAGCAGGGCCUGCCGGGGGAAUCAGGGGUGACAGGCGAGAGAGGGGUUGGUGAGCCUGGACCAAAGGGUGAGCCAGGGGCCUCAGGAUUGGCUGGCUUACCUGGGCUUCCUGGUGAGGACGGAGCACCUGGACAAAAGGGCGAGCCUGGGGCAUCAGGCCUCAGAGGUGCAGAGGGACCAGCAGGGACAGGGACUCAGGGUGAAAAGGGAGACCAAGGUCAGAGGGGCAUCCGUGGGUUACCUGGCCCCCCGGGGAUUUCUGGGCCUUCCGGUGCCAAGGGGGAGCCUGGAUUACCUGGCAGACUAGGUCUACCUGGGCCCUCAGGGCGUUCCAUCACAGGACCAAAGGGGGACAUCGGCCCAACUGGUCAUCCUGGACCUAUCGGAGAGACAGGCUAUGGACUGCCCGGUCCCAAGGGUGACCGGGGAGACCCUGGCCCAACUGGUCUGUUAGGCCCCAAAGGUGAAGGAUACCCAGGCCCUGCAGGCCCUCCAGGCCUUCCAGGACACACUGGAGAUCCAGGUCCCGAGGGGCUGGGCUUUCCUGGACCAAAGGGGGAUGUUGGUUUCCGAGGCCCCCCAGGGCCGCCUGGGCCACCAGGUGAGGGCCUGCAGGGACUUAUGGGUAAUACUGGACGCCCAGGACCCCCAGGUCCUGCUGGUCCCCCUGGAGAGGGUAUACAGGGCCCAAAGGGUGAACAAGGAUCUUCAGGAAUACCAGGGCCAAGGGGGCCCCAGGGAGAAGGAUACCCCGGAAUUAAGGGAGACCGUGGGGCCCAAGGAGAGAGAGGGUGGAAGGGCGGGAAGGGAGAUGCAGGAGACUCUGGAGUGCCUGGUCAAGCAGGAAGACCAGGGACCAAAGGUGAGGCGGGUCUAACGAGAGAAGACGUUAUCAAAAUGAUCAAGGAGAUAUGCGGCUGUGGCAUCAGAUGCAAAGACAGACCAUUGGAGCUUGUGUUCGUCAUCGACAGUUCAGAAAGUGUCGGACCGGAGAACUUUGAAAUCAUCAAAGACUUUGUGACGACACUAGUUGAUCGUGUGACCGUGGGCAGGAACGCCACAAGAAUAGGACUUGUGCUCUAUAGCAUGGAUGUCCGUGUGCAGUUCAACCUUGCCCGCUAUGUGGCAAAAGAGGACAUCAAGCAGGCCAUUAGGAAUAUGGCGUACAUGGGAGAGGGCACACGCACGGGCACUGCCAUCCACAAAGCCACACACGAGGCCUUCUACACUGCUCGCAGCGGCGUGCGCAAGGUGGCCAUCGUCAUCACGGACGGGGAGACGGAUAAAAGAGAACCUGUCGAGCUGGAAAGCGCUGUGAGGGAGGCCCAUAAAGCCAAAAUUGACAUGUAUGCCGUGGGGAUUGUCAACACCAGUGAUGUGACGCAGAAGGAGUUUCUGCGUGUGCUGCAGCUCAUUGCAUCGGCCCCGGAGAGCGAACACAUGUUCCUCAUCGACGACUACAACACACUGCCAGCCUUGGAGUCCAAACUCGUCAGUCAACUCUGUGAGGAUCAGAAUGGAGACGUUGUGUACAAUCACAUCCCCAAUGGCAACGGGGGCCACCACGGUUUGAACAAAAACUAUGGGAAUAAUGGCUAUGUGUACACAAUCAAGGAAGAAGACCACACCGGAAGGCAUGGAACCAGCCAUACAGUCCAGGUUUAUGGAGAGCACAGCAGAAAGACUGCAGAUUCUGAAGGUAGCAAGACUGUGGUACAUCUCCAGCCUGUUGUUCCAUUCAUUGAACCCCCAACCUCCAACACGUCAGCUUCAUCGUCAAAAACAACGUCAAAAUCGUCAACAUCCUCCUCGACAUCCUCUACUUCUGUCAAGGUUCAGCCUCAGCCAGUUCUACCUAAAGAGUCCAUUCCCCUGAACCCAAUCUGUGGGUUAAUCCUGGAUCAGGGUCCCUGUCGCGACUACAACAUCCGCUGGUACUAUGACAAACAGGCCAACGCCUGUGCGCAGUUCUGGUAUGGUGGCUGUGAAGGAAACAGCAACCGCUUCGACACAGAGGCUCACUGCAAGGAGAUAUGUGUGCAUUCCCGGGCAGGAGGCUGAAGUGCAUUCCAGUAUGAACCAUGAACCAGCAGAGUAUUUUUUUUUUCUCCCAGGAGGAAACUAAUAUGAAAUGUUAUACAAUUUUUUGCUAACAGUGUUCUGUUACCCAAAUGUCUAAUAAUGCAAUAUGUUAUUCAAUUGUGAAAUUAUGCCAACUAAAUUACAUUUAGUUUUAGUGUUUUUUAAUGUUUGAAGGUUUAAAGAAUAAAAAUACAUUUCAACAAUGUGGGUUGCAUUGGGAACAACAAAUUAAAAAAUGCUGCCAACCAGCAACAAAAAAGGGCUGGAACAAAAUGUAAUAUUAUGCACUUCAGGACUUCUCACUAGAAUGUAUUUUACCGUAAAGCACCUGUAAAUGCUCAGUGAUAAUGCAGUUUACUGUAAAACACCUGAAAAUGAUCAGUCAUAAUGCUCUGUGAUAAUAGUUUACUUUAAAGCACCUGGAAAUGCUCAGUGAUAAUGCAGUUUACUGUAAAACACUUUGAAAUGAUCAGUGAUAAUACUCAGUGAUAAUAGUUUACUGUAAAGCACAUGAAAAUGCUGAAUGAUAAUACAGUUGACUGAAAAUGCUGAGUGAUAUGUUUGUUCAUCAGUUACAACGAUAAUAAAAUUGUUAAACUCA